GCACAUCCGAAAGGUUCCGAAGAUUUCCGGAGGGAGCCGAAGCCUCUCCGGCAGUUUCCGGAGAAAGCGGAAAGGCCCGGAGCUGCUGCGCCGAGUCGCCAUCAUGGCGGCGGCCGGCGCUCCCGCGGCGGAGAAAGGCGAGGAGCAGAUGCCGGAGACUGAGGCGCUGGCCGCGGCCCGGGAGCGGAACAGCCGCUUCUUGAGCGGCCUGGAGCUGGUGAAGCCGUGCAGGAGGCCCGCGCGCUGCGCCGCUGCCGCCGCGCAGGGAUAUGCGCCCCGGUUGUCUUUUUUGUGGACUAUGCUUCCAACUGCUUAUUUAUGGAAGAAAUCGAAGGCUCAGUGACUGUCCGCGAUUACAUUCAAUCCACUAUGGGGACUGGAACAACUCCCCAGAGUCUCUUUGGCUUGGCCAAGACGAUUGGACAGGUUUUGGCUCGAAUGCACGAUGAAGACCUCAUCCACGGUGAUCUCACCACCUCCAACAUGCUCCUGAAGCCCCCUGUGGAGCAGCUGCACAUCGUGCUCAUAGACUUCGGGCUGAGCUUUAUUUCAGCACUUCCAGAAGAUAAGGGAGUGGACCUCUACGUCUUAGAGAAGGCCUUCCUCAGUACCCAUCCCAACACCGAGACUGUGUUUGAAGCCUUUCUGAAGACCUACUCCACCUCCUCCAAAAAGGCCAGGCCAGUGCUAAAGAAAUUAGAUGAGGUGCGCCUGAGAGGAAGAAAGCGGUCCAUGGUGGGGUAGAAGAGUGUGUGUGACAGCUGUUUUUUUUAAAGUAAAUUUGAACAAACGCUAUGUGAUUAUACCUAAAUAAAGGUGUUUGGAUAUUUUUAUUUGUA